ACGUUUGAACGUUUAAUUUAAUCGCAUCUUCCUUUUCUUUGUUCUCGGCGUAACCAGUAAUCUUUACAGUACAAACGUUGAUUUGAGAACUGAAAUGGUGACUGCUUGACAGGCGAGUCGGCCGGCGUUAUUUUGACUUUGGACCACGCGCCGCGGAUCAAUCGCCCAUCUCGAUUCCAUCGAAUUGUCAACCCAUGGAAGUCACUUGCUGCAAGUUCAAGGCCGAAAGGCUGAUCGAGGUUGUGCGCCUCUCGCGCGUGUCCUCCUUCUUCAUGUAUAGUCCAGUGCAGUCGAACACGUGUUCGCCAGAUAGUCUCGUCGCUCCGCUUCCCUCUCCCUUGCGCUCAUUCAUGCCGCUGUCUGUCCGAACCGAAACGCUAAAGCCGUAGAUGAAGUCAUGUGGGCGUGGGAGUCGAUGCGGCCUCGUUAAAAUCGGGGAAAAAAGAAGAAGUCCGCCGUAGUUAAGAGGCACCGGUGCUCCGAGGACGAUUACGCGGCGCGUGUGGCUGUGCGCGCGAUUUAUCUUGCCGAAGCCUCGCGAAUCCCCGUGCGAAGCUCAGUAUAGUCAAAACGCCAAAGGACAGUCGGUAUCGCUGGUUCUCGGUCUAAACACAAACGGCCGAUAUGUCGCGAUGUAGCAGUUGAAGCUCGGGCCUCGCUAGACAGGCACUGCUACAGUUACGGUCGCCUUGCGCAACGGAGAUUAGUCGGAGACGUGCGGUUCGGCGCCAAAGCCUCGCAAGAACAAGCGACAUCAGGUGAUAAGCGCCUUUUGACACACACGCUCGCGGCUCUUAGACCAAAACUCGCACGCCGCUAACUAUUUUAGUCGUGUGACAUGGCUGCCGCCACUCUGCAUUGAUCCAUCACGCCUUCGUAGCAUUAAUUUGAGUGUUAUUCCGGAGAGCACUGGCCUCUCCUCCACAUUUGUAAACACGCUGCCAACGGAUGUUUCCUUACUCGAGAGCUUUGAACAAUCUUCCGAAAAAUGGACCAGACAAGCUGUGCUACCGGUGUACUUUACGAGAAUGACGAAGUCGAUGGCAAACUGGCGUGUCCGUCCAAGAAAGACAAAGCAACUAUCAAAAAUAAUUGCAAAAUCAGAUUAGUGUGGAGAAAUAUUUUAGGUCUUAUCGCUCUUCACCUUGGAGGUUUAUUAGGUCUUUAUCUGGCAAUAGCAUCGGCAAAAAUUGCUACUAAUCUAUUUGCAAUUUUUCUUUUCCUAGCUACUGCUAUAGCAACUACAGCCGGGCCACACAGACUUUGGUCUCAUCGAUCUUACAAAGCUAAAUGGCCACUUCGAUUACUUUUAGUAAUCUUGCAAUCUGCGGCUUUUCAGGGACACGUUAUCCAUUGGUCAAGAGACCACAGAGUCCACCACAAAUACAGUGACACGAAUGCCGAUCCACAUAACGCGAAGAGAGGGUACUUUUUCGCACACGUCGGCUGGCUGCUCGUCCGCAAGAAUAACGAAGUCAAAGAGAAAGGCAAAGGCAUCGAUCUAAGCGAUUUGUAUGGCGAUCCAUUACUUCGCUUCCAAAAGAAAUACUAUGUGAUAUUGAUGGUGUUGACGUGCUUCGUCAUUCCGACCGUAAUUCCAGUGUAUUAUUGGCACGAGAACUGGGCGAAUGCUCUGUUUGUCACGGCUUUUUUACGUUAUAUAUGCGUGCUUCACGUUAGCUUUCUCGUGAAUUCCGCUGCACAUUUUCAUGGCUACAAACCUUACGACAGGAAUAUCAAGCCCGUGCAAAAUUUAAGCGUUGCAAUCUUGGCAGUAGGAGAAGGCUGGCAUAAUUAUCACCACACCUUUCCGUGGGACUACAAGACAUCCGAGUUGGGCAAUUACUGUUUCAAUUUGACGAAUGCUUUUAUCGAUUUCUUUGCAUGGAUAGGCUGGGCCUACGAUUUGAAAACCGUCUCGACGGAAAUCAUCAAGAAUCGAGUCCAAAGAACUGGCGACGGUACUCACGAACUCUGGGGUUGGGGCGAUAAGGACAUCACGAAGGAAGAUAAAGAUGCUACUAUCGUUACUUAAAAGAGUAAAUAUACUCACGUAUAUUUACAAUCGGAAAUUUUAAUCAAAUAUCUUUUCUUCGCGAUAGUUUAUGUUGGAUAAUGCUGUAAUUCAACUAUAUUAAAAGGAAUCUUUAGAUUGUUUCGUUUCAUCGAUGUACCUACUGUUUUAUUAUUAUUUUAUUUAAUCUUAUGAAGGAUUUUUGAGCUUUCAUUUUUAAUUAAUAAUUAUUGCUCGAUUUAACUAUUUACACUUAAGGAUAGACCGUUGAGUAUAUUUAGAAAAGAGAAUAAAAGUCUUGCAUCGAUAAUAGAUUUAUAAAAAAUAUUUUUACUUGGACAAACAUGUAUCAAACUUGUUGCCAAAAUAUAAAUG